AAAGAAAUAUAAUGUGACUCCAUUCUUAAGCUUGCUAGUUUUGAUAAGCUUUUCUAUUGUCUCCAUUUUAAGGUCAGGUUUUUAGCUUCUUAAAUUCCUACUGCUUAGCGUCUAUUGUAUUGGAAAACUUCAGAACAAAUCAUCUAUUCUCCCUGAUGGGAACCCUGGUCUGUUGUUCCUCAUUGGUAAAAGGGGGGGGGGGCUUUUGAAUAGUGUGACCAAGUUUUCAUAUAUGUUAACAGUUGUAAAGAGUUACAUGCGAGGAGUGCUAGUGCUUGUCUCACUCCCUGUAGCUCUUUUAGAAGACAUUCUAUAUUCAGAGCUGGAACAGGGGUCCUCAACUUCUGAUCACGAAAAGAUUUGUGAAUGGAUGACACUCCAGCAAGAAAUCAAGCUAUUGCCUGGUGACUAUGCUGUCCACUUGGACUUGACUGCGAAAAUUCGUGGCUUAGCUAGUGCAGAAAAACCGGCACAUUUUAGACCUUCUACAAUCGUUGGUGACUCCUUACAGGGCAACACACCAACCAUAGUGGACAACCGAUUUGACUUUGAAGUCACCUCUGAGGGAUUAUAUGUGGCUCCUGGAUCCUCUCGGGCAACAAAACGAAAAUUCAUCCCUCGGCCUCCAUUGUUGGGAAUUCCACUCAUUCAUGAUUUUCCUACAAAGAAGAAACAAGUCAUGGGAUCCAAGAAAAGAUUUCUCAAAACCGACCCAGUUUCUUGGAUUACCAACAGAGCUAGUUCUGAAGAAAUUUCCAAAUUACUUUGCACAACAGCCAUUGAAGCUAGAGCCUACAAAGUGUAUCACCCUGGGAAACGCACAGCUUUUCAGACCCCUGCUACUGCUUUGUGUGUCUAUUUAGACCAGAUUAUGUGUGGGCUACGGUUUCCACUGCAUCCUUUCAUCAUCCAGGUUUGUGAUGAAUUUUGUGUGGGUCUUCCCCAACUCACUCCACACUCAAUAACGGUCCUAAUUGCCUUCAUUGUGAAGUGCCAACUACUAAAUGUCCCUUUAAGCAUUGAGGCGUUCACCUUCCUGUUUCAGCUCAAACCUCUGGAAGGAACUAGUGCUUGGUACUACAUCUGCAGGAGACACUUAGAAUUUGAAGGUUUUGAAGGUAGUAGAAUUAAAUAUGACAAUUCAGUAUUACCUACUUCUCUCCCAACCUUAGGGAAAACCGAUUGGCAAGAAAGAUUUUUCUUUUUGGAGGGCCCAAAGAAUUCUAAUUUCCCUGCAGUUUGGAGGAAUGGUAGGACGAACACCCCAGAAAUUCUCCUUGAUGCUGAAUCAUACCUUGUCAUCAACAAACUCCUUAACAACAAUUCUAUAAAAGCAGAAGUCUUACUUGAUGAAGGCAAUCUCGUCAGAUCUAAAGUUUGGCACCAUCACCAUGUGCCUUCAACGGUCAUUAUCCUCAAUCUUCCCCUAAACCUUGAGGCUACAAAGAAACCUGAGACUUCCUUUCAAAAAAGCAAAAAAAGGAAAGAAAGCUCUACAAAAGGUUCUACCAUAAUUGCACUUAAUUUACUGGAUCGUUGUGUGAAAAAAAAUAAGAAUUCAACUGAGGAAGAAGACUCAAUUGCCAUGGGGAUUCCUAGAGCUCAGGACUGCCCAAACUCUCUAAUGAAGCAAAUAGAACAAUCUUCAGAUAUCCCUCUUGUUUUCCCAGAGACAGCAACCUACACUAUAGAAUCUAGUCAGAAUCAACAAACCUACAGCACCUUGUCAAUAUGGGAUCGAUUACAAAAGCUUCAAGAGACUGACAGAGAGUUAUUAUCUUCUAUCAUGGUGUUGGUCACGAGAAAAAAUCAAACCGGGAAGUCCAUUUCUUCUGAGCUUGAUCUUGAGUCAGGAUAUGAUCCGAACAUGGGAGGAAGAUCAGUGCUCCGAGAAAGCUCAUUUGCAUACCAGCUAUCAAAGAAUUUCCUUACAGAGGAGGACAAAAAUCACCUGAAAGAACUUACAGCAGAGACACAAUGGCAUGAAACUAACCAUUAUCUCGCAAAGGUUAUGGUUUACCACCAAACAUUAAAAGAAGAUUACCUUAAGGAUGAGGAUGCUAGCUUUUACGUAGAGGAGGAGGCUACAAAGCUCAAGAACUUAUUUGAAAAUUUGAAGAAGCUUUUCGCGAACUCACAUGAAAAUUACCUCUCAAUUAAGAAAGAGAAAGACGAAAUUGAGAAAGAAAUGAAAGCUAACCAUUCUGCCCUGGAGGAAGCAAGGAAAACUGUUCAACUUCUUCAAGAUGAGAAAGAGGGUUACCUACUUAAAUUAGAUGAGCUCAAACAAUCAGUGACAAAGCUUUCAUCUCAAAACGCAAAUCAUUUUCAUCUUGCUAUAUCCAUCAUAAAAACUCUUAUACUUGAACGAGACAUGCUAAAGGGUGAUCAUAUUCCAAGUAUUCAAGAGCUUAACAUUUCUGAGGAAAUCAAGCAAGACCCAGGUUUGAAGAAAAUGUUUGAGGAUGGGGUGAAGAAGAUCUCCAAAGAAUGUUAUUCUGAAAAUGAGGGAGAAGAAUCUGCGGACCAAAAGUGCGAUUCCAGCAACCCUGAACAUGAAGAUUCUUCUCAAGAUGAAGCUUCUAGCUCUUAGUUUUUAUAUUAUUUCUUAGAAUAAAUUGUUUCCUUGAAA